AUGACAUUUUCUACUUCCAUCAUCCGCCACUUUUCUUCCGCCGCUCUCGCCUCCUUCCUCCGACGCACGUCAAUCUCUCACGGCGGAUGCGGAUUUGGAGGUGGAGUUGGAACACGCCGCAGCUUUUGUUUUCUCUCAGCGGAACGAGAGAAUUCUAAUGUCUCUAGAGCCUUUCGUGCGCCGGUUCUCUCGUCGGACAAAAAAAAUCCCCUCUUCAAAUCUGAGGCAAUCGGUACCGUGGUCAUCACUCAAGCGAACUAUAUGCGAGUCAUUGUCCAGCCUGAAGCUGUCAACGGAGAUGAACGUUCGUCGUCCAAGACCGGCUUUGAGAUACUUUGCCAGGUGAGAACGAUUCUAAGGAAGUUAGGGAAGAGAGUUAUGGUUGGGGACAGGGUUCUCGUGGAAGAUAUCGAUUGGGUGGACCAGAGAGGAAUGAUCGUGACUCUGUUCGACCAUCGCUCGGAGAAUGUGGAUCCACCGGUGGCGAAUGUGGAUCAUCUACUUGUUUUUUUCUCUUUCGAUAAACCGAAACUGAAACCAGACACACUCAGCAGGUUCUUGGUGCAGGCUGAAUCCUCUGGACUUCCUCUCACACUUGCCCUAAACAAAUGCGAACUAGUCACUCAAGAGGAAAUGGAAUCUUGGAAGAUAAGAUUGCGUGGAUGGAACUAUGAACCAUUGUUUUGCAGUGUAGUAACUGAAGUCGGACUUGAUGAAAUUGAACUCAACCUGCGAAACAAGACUACUGUGAUAAUCGGGCCUAGUGGUGUUGGAAAGUCAAGCUUAAUCAACAUAUUGAGAAGCAGCAACUAUUGUGGUGCUAUGGAGUACGAAAAUUGGUUUGAGCCUAGAUUAGGUAAGACGUGGUUUGAAGAUCAACGAGUAAAUGGAGUUUCAAGUAGAUGCGGUAGAGGUACACAUACAACACGAAAUGUAACGCUACUGCGACUCUCUGAAGGUGGUUUCGUCGCUGAUACUCCUGGCUUUAACCAGCCUAAAUUUCUGAAAGUAACAAAGCAAUCACUUGCCCUGUGUUUUCCUGAGAUACAAAGAAUGUUUGAGGAGGGAAAAUGUGGAUUCAAAGAUUGCUUACAUAUUGGGGAACCAGGAUGUGUUGUGAAAGGUGAUUGGGAAAGGUAUCCUUACUACUUGCAACUUCUUGAUGAGAUCAGAGUCAGAGAGGAGUUUCAACUUGGGACUUUUGGAAGAAAAACGGAAAACGUUGUUAGGUACAAGGUGGGAAGAAUGGGUGUGAAACAAGCUGAGCCACGACUAGAGCCUAAGAAGCAUAGAAGACAGUCAAGGAAGAAGAUGAAACAGACGAUGAUCUCUGAACUAGACGACUUCGGAGAUGAAGAAGACAGCGACUUGGACUUAGAGGAAUGA